AUGUUGAUAGGGCUGUUUCUCCUUGGUGUGGUGGGGAUCAAAGUGGUGUCAGGCUUUAUACACCAGCAUAUUCCUUCCCAUGUGGUGGCAUGUGCGCAUUCCCAUGAAGAAAACAAUGACCAUAUGAACAAUGACAUUCAUGACAUUGAAUGCGCGCCUGGCCUAGUAAAUUCUUGUUCUGCCACCCUUGAACAAUCCACGGAGCAAACCCCCUUAUUAUCGACCCCUGCAGCUAGUGAUUCCAUGGCGUCACAGCCCCAACACCCCUCAUCGCAUGAGGAAAAUGCACAGCUACCAAAAAAUCGUGUCUCCUCAGUCAAAUCAUUUUUUUCACGACGUAUCAGUGGCAUUGUAGGUGUGCGGAAGACAAUGUGUGACAAAAAUGGCCCGUGUUAUGGUCUUUCUCAAGCUUGCGGCCAAGAAUGCUUGAAAAUAAGCCAUCACAAGGAUCCGGAGGGAUCCAUAAGGCCCACUAUGGUUCAGCACCAUAGCCUUCCUACCCCGUUACCAACCGAAGGAUCGAGCUUGUCAGAAGCUACAACACCAUCCUUCCCUAUACAACAGUUCCCGCCCGAUGAUCUUGGAACUCGCAGUUCACCAUCUAUCAUGUUCGAAACUGUAUCUGACGAUGCCCUUCCACCUACCGCCCAAAACAGAAGAGUUACGGAUACCAACCGACCCUCCCUUAAUGAAAGCUCCACUGCUCUGCCUCACCAAGCGAAGAAUCAUCACCACCACGUUCCCCAAAACGCAUUCCUGUCGAUUGGGUUACAGACGUCACUCGCUAUCGCUCUUCAUAAGCUUCCUGAAGGAUUCAUCACAUACGCUACAAACCAUACAAAUCCCACGCUGGGGUGGUCUGUUUUUGUUGCCCUUUCUGUCCAUAAUAUCACGGAAGGCUUUGCGAUGGCCCUUCCACUUUUCUUGGCCCUGAGGUCUAGAUUGAGAGCGGUUUUUUGGUCCAGCCUUCUGGGGGGUGUUAGUCAACCCGCGGGAGCAGGAUUAGCCGCGCUGUGGAUCUGGGGCGUUCAGAGAAGCAACGCGCGUGAUAGAGGAGAUACGGACGACCCUGACGGCGUGUCUUGGGCUGUAUACGGAGGGAUGUUUGCUGCGACAGCUGGUGUGAUGACUAAUGUUGCUCUUCAGCUGUUUUCAGAGGGACUUGUACUGUCACAUAAUCAGAAUCUUUGUAUCGGAUUCGCAAUUGCUGGCAUGGGAAUUUUAGGGCUAAGCUUUGCUCUGACGGCCUAA